UUCCCAAGGUUACCUUGAAUUUUACCGACAGGUCUGUGACCAACUCAUCCCUUAAAGUGACUUGGAAUGUAACUGAAAAACCCGUUGGGUUGAAUAUGCCUGACAAAUAUGAGAUAGAGUCAUGCGCAGUGGAUGAUUCAUGUAAAGUUGGCAGCUGCAUGAAUAACACCACAUCAACAAAUUGGUAUGAACUUUUAGAGCUUCGUGGUGCCAGUGCAUACAAGUUCAGAGACAGGGCAAUAAACUUAACCGCAAGGGAUGGAACAGUGUUAAAGCAUCCAGAAGGAAAUUUUAGUGAACAUAUCGAAGUAACGACACAAGAAGGAGCUCCAACCCAAGCACCUUUAAAUGUCAGUGCAAAGCCUCACAGCCAGACCAGCAUCCGAAUUACGUGGAAUGAAGUCGAUGUAUGUCACAGAAAUGGGAAAAUAGUUGAAUACAACGUAGAAAUGUAUAACAGCACCUGGGGUCAAAAAUGGUAUGGUGAUUUCAACAAUACGAAUUUGGGUGAAGCGAUAGUGGAAAAUCUCGUGUACGCGAUUUACAGGGUUAGAGCCAGGGCUAGAACGGAAGCAGGGGAAGGACCCUACAGCGAGUGGCAUAAUACUACAACACAUAAACCAG